AUGCGACCGGUGCCAUGCACCUGGACCUCCAGUCCAGCCGCCAAGCCAAAGUCUAAGAUCCUUGUCUCAACAGCAAGAGAACAACGCCCCGAGCCUCAUCCUAAAGACCAUCUUCGACCCGAUGCGUCUCCGGAGAAAUCAUAUAUCUCCCUGCAUUUGGUCAACACCUCAAGCCGUGUAAACGGCGGCCGACCACUAAUGCCGUCGGCCCCCGCUGGUGCUGCUACUGACAUGAUUAUUGCCAAUCGUGGUCGGAUGAAGCUGGAUGAGCGCAUGGAACUGCUCAACCGCCCAGCGUAUGCUUUCGCUGAAAUCAAUGCCUUCUUUGCUGAUUCGAGGAUCAUGGCACGAGGAUCCACCAACAAAGCAACGGCAGAUCUCAAAACUGCCUAUCCGGGCCCGUUUCCUGACCUACCUCAUAUCGCAGCGUCAGUGGACAGCCAAUCUCUUUGCAAUGCAUACUUGACCCAGGAUCAACAAACAUAUUUUCUGAGAUUGUUCUGGGAAGCCUAUCAUCCACUCUUGCAAGCUUCAAGUGAAGCAGAAUUUCAAUCGCUAUUAGAUCUCGACCGAUGCCAAGUCUCCGAGGUCGGGAAAUUGACGAAGGCUUUGUCCAAUUGCAUGACAGCAUUAGGAAUUCAAUACGGCCAUGGGGCUGGCCUAACUUCGCGCAUUCUAAGUUUGCGUCGUUGUGCGAAUAAAAUAUCAUCGAUAGGCUACGAAUAUUUCCGUCGCUGCCGCGAUUAUAUCGUUCUUGAGGUGACCGAGCCAACGAUAUUAUCAAUGCAAUGUUACGCUCUGAUGUCUUUAUAUCUUAUGAAUGCAAGUCAUUUCAGGGAAGCCUAUAGUCUGCUUGGCACCGCCAUUCGCGAAAGCCACAGUGUCGACCUCCACGAGGAGCCCAGCGAGAGUCUUCAGCCACAAGAAAGAAUAUCCCGAAGACAGAUCUGGUGGUUACUCUUUAUGCUCGAUAUAAAAUGCUCCCAGCAGCUCGGAAAACCAGUCGCUGUACAGACCGCUAUUGUAACAUGCGCUUUGCCAUCAGUUGAUGAACUAACUAUGAUACCCGGGAACACGAGAGUUUAUUGGAGGAACUUGCACGUUUCCACCUACUUCGUUCACGCGGUAAAGCUUUCAGUCUCUCUUGCCGAGAUUAAUCGAAUGGUUUCCACCUCGAAAUUAUAUGAGGAUGCCAACAACGUCACAGUGCUAGAAAAGCGGGCGAACUUACUAGCCACAUCCCUUGCUUCUCUAGAGAAGUGGAGUAAUGAGCUGCCGGAAGACGUCCUUAACCCCAGGAAAAACACAGGAUACACCGAGGCUAUGUCUACAGCAGAAAGUCCGAUAGUGCUAGAGCUAGGAGCACCUAAUUGGCUUCACCACCAACGAGUUCUACUUGAAGUAUACUAUCAUAAUGCGUAUAUCAUGCUUCAGCGGCCUUUCAUCUGUUUCCCACAAUCUUCCAGUUCCUCCCCCGCCCAACAGCCACAAGCAAACUAUCAUGCUCGCAGCUCGCUACAGCAUGCCAUAACUAUGACAAUUAUCCUCCACGACCUCUGCUCUUCUUCCGACGUAUUUUUUGGCUGGCCCGAAAUUCUUCACCCAUUAUGGAACGCCACAGUGUCCAUUCUUGGAUUCAUUAUAGCGAACCCGUUCUCUUCCAGAUCACGUAGCGCAAUACAGUGGGUCUUCAAAGGCCUAACUGUAUUUGAGGCUUUUGCACCAACCGAACCCUUCGCUGCUCGAGCUGAGAAUAUCACGAGAUCACUUGCUGCAAAACUCAAUGAUGUCUUGAUCAAUAUGGAUGAAAAUUCGGAGCCGUCAAACCGCGGCAGAAUCACACUGGGAUUGACAAUGCAGCAAUCACCAGACGUAUCCCUAAGUACCCCAUCCACAAACUCGGUUGACAUACCGACGGGUCCCCUUACGGGGACUGGCCUGGAGCAUACGUUUGACAAUACAUUUUUCACGGAUGACGGGCUUUGCUCGUCGAUUGGAGCACUUGAAUUUCAUUCGUGGGAGGGCUAUCAAGACAAUCUUGACAUAUGGACUGGCAGCCACUCAGAUGGAGACUUUGACGCAAUGCAUGUACUUGAAUAG